AUGAGCGCGAAUUUCUACCGCCCGGACGUCGUCACUCCGUCGCGCGCGCGUGGCAGAGCCGCCGCGGCCAUGGGCAAGAUAUCCAGGAUCGUCAUGCCGAAGGGCGGCAGGCGCGGGAAGACCGGCCUGAAAGGAAAGAUCCACCGGAGCGUCUCGAGGGUGCCGGUCAAGAAGACGAUAGUCCGCGACCGCGCGAAGGACUACCACGGCGUCGAUAAGCUGGAGGCCAAGGUGGCGGCGCUCGAGGCGGAGGAGGAAGCCGGGUGGGUCGGCUGCAACGCGCUGAUCGUGAAGACGAAGCAGAAGGAGCUGAAGCACGCGCGGGCGAAGCUGAUGAUCAAGGACGCGAAGCACGAGCGGUAG